CUGCAAGUGUGCAGACACAGUUUGAGGCUGCUGGGUCACACAUUUGCAGCCAGUACUAUUUGUGAUAAGGUACGUAGGCUGCAGGUUAGUCUUCCACUGAGGCUUCUCAGAGCCAUUUUGCCUUAAAGAGAGCUGACAGCUUUCUGUCUAUCAGCGAGUCUGCUGCGAAAUGGAACUUCUGCUGAUGGCCGUCGUCCUCCACGCUUUGUGCUUGUCUCAAGGUGGCCUACAUACAUUCAGCCUCUCCAAGGUUUGCUCUGGAACUCUGAGGGCUCGUCAGGAUGAAGGCUGGGUGCCCGUCACCCUGAAACAUCUGAGCACAGAGGAAAAAAAUGUCACGGCUGAGCAAAUCUGUAGGGAACUGGGCUGUGGAGGACUCUUGGAGUUUAAAGAAAACAGGACGGCAUCCAUCAACACCUGCCUAACUGACUGCAUCAUCAGAAACUCCACACUGCACAACUGCACUGCAGCUGCAGCAAGCAAUUGCUCUGAAGAGGUGGUGGUAGAGUGCGAGCACCAGGCUGUCCGCUUGGCUGCAGGUCAUGACCACUGUGCAGGACGAGUGGAGCUGAUGGAUGCUGGCCGCUGGGGCUCAGUGUGUGAUGAUGAUUGGAACUCAACAGGAGGAAAUGUUGUGUGUGCCCAGCUAGGUUGUGGCACUGCUGUACAUGUGACUGCUUUGGUCUAUAAAUUUGGUCCAGGCACAGGGCCCAUCCACAUCAGCAAACUCAACUGCACAGGAAAAGAGAGCAACCUCUGGCAGUGCAGCACUCAGAAGAAUGAAGAUAGCAACUACUGUGGCCACAAAGAAGAUGCUGGAGUAGUGUGUUCAGGAAGCAGUACCGUUACAGUUUCGCCGAUCAACACGACUACACCAACAAACUGGACCACAGGCUCUGUAACAGUGAUGGUGGUUCAGGAGAGCAGCAGCAGUAGCCUGUCAGGGCCGGUGUGGGGCUGUAUCGUUCUGUCUGUUGCUCUGCUAUUAGUGUUACUAUCAAACGCUGCCCAUUGCAAACACUACAAAAGAAGAAAAGCAUGUGUGAUUCACCAAAGACAACUUCACGCUCACUCGGGAGAGGACGGGGACAUCAACAACCUGCAAGCUGUCACAGUACAAACGUUUACAACUGGUGAAAGAGAAGACAGGAGGCCCUCAUUGGAAGACGAUUCCGAGACCUCCAGUGGCUCUGAUUACGAACCUUAUCAACACUUUGGUCCACAGUCAUUGGCUAAUAUGAAUAAUUUGCACUCCUUGGAUGAUGCACCUGUGGUUGGUGAGCAUAAUCAAGCACAAGACCAGAUCUGCAAGGAGGACAAUGCCCUGAAAAACAUGACAGGUGAUGUUGAUUCAGAGAGCACAUCUUCAGGAGAAUGUUAUCAAAACACACAAACUAAGAAGGAGCAGCUUCUGAGUCCAGAUGGUAACCAGUUUUACCCUGAGCACUCGCUGCAGACGGCUCCAUUCCUCAACACCAGCCAACCAGCGAACAGAACCCGUGAUGUUGAUUCAGAGAGCACAUCUUCAGGAGAAUGUUAUGAAAACACACAAACUGAGCAGGAGCAGCUUCUGAGUCCAGAUGGUAACCAGUUUUACCCCGAGCACUCGCUGCAGACGGCUCCAUUCCUCAACACCAGCCAACCAGCGAACAGAACCCGUGAUGUUGAUUCAGAGAGCACAUCUUCAGGAGAAUGUUAUGAAAACACACAAACUGAGCAGGAGCAGCUUCUGAGUCCAGAUGGUAACCAGUUUUACCCUGAGCACUCGCUGCAGACGGCUCCAUUCCUCAACACCAGCCAACCAGCGAACGGAACCCACGACACGAGCGAUUCGGACAGUACAUCCUCUGGUGAAUGCUAUGAAAACAUAGGCUUGGAGGCUGAAGCCUUUGUCCAGACAUUUGAGGGAAGCCCAUCACUUCCUGAGCAGAACCCCCUGAACCACCACACUCCUCAGCCGACAGGAAACAGCAAUCUUUUCAUACCAAGCUCUCCGAAUCAAGAUGACAGCAGCACAUCAUCGGACGAAGCAUAUGAAAAUGUACCAGAUAUUGAGGAGGAGAAUUGCGAGUCCUCUUCAAGCAGUGACUAUGACGACGUCGCAAACUGGUGAACUUCAAAUGCUAAGGCAUUUAAGGCCUUAAAUCAAGUUCUCAAAGACUGCUAGCAUAUUAUUUAUUCUACUCUCUCAAUGUGCUGGUAAUGAGAUCCGGCACAUUUACGUUAGUUCAAAAUAUAAUGUUUAUUCGUUAUUUACUCUGUACACUAUAUUGUUUGCUCUCUGUGCUUUUGAUUGGAGCAAAACAAACAGUUUAAAUAUUUAAACGUGUUACACAUGAAUAUAUGCAGUUCUGAAGACCUCAGGACUUCAACAGUUUGGUGAAUGUCUGAAUAAAGAAUGUUCUCUUCA